GGGAGUGCCCCCGGGCCCGCGGGAGCCGCGGGCAGCCCCCGCUGGGCGCCGGCAGCCCGUGCUGAUGGCCGGUGCCCGCAGGAUGCGGCCCCGCGCCGGGCCGUGGAUGGCGAUGCUGUGGCUGCUGUGCCUCCCGCCCUGUGCCAGGGCACAGACGAGGAUCCCGCUGGAGACGGUGAAGUCCUGGGCAGAUGCCUUUGGUGGGGAGCUGUACUCCAUUGUGACUAAGUAUUCAGGCUCUCUCCUGCUGCAGAAGAAGUACAAGGACGUGGAGCCAACCCUGAAGAUCAAGGAGGUGGAUGGGCUGGAGCUGGUGAAGAAGUUCUCGGAGCAGAUGGAGAGCAUGCUGCGCAGGAAGGUGGAGGCAGUGCAGAGGCUGGUGGAGGCAGCAGAAGAUGCAGAUCUGAACCAUGAGUACAACUCCUCGCUGGAGUUUGAUUACUACAACUCUCAGCUGAUUAACGAUAAGGAUGAAAACGACAAUUACGUGGAGCUUGGGGAUGAAUUCAUUCUGGAGCCAAAUGAGCAUUUCAAUAACCUGCUGGUGAACACAACCUACAGCGAUAUCCAGCUGCCCACCAAUGUCUACAACAAAGACCCUGCCAUCCUCAAUGGAGUUUACAUGUCAGAAGCCCUGAAUCCCAUUUUUGUGGACAACUUUGAAAGGGAUCCCACACUGACCUGGCAGUACUUUGGCAGCUCCACUGGAUUCUUCAGGCUGUACCCAGGAAUAAAGUGGUUACCAGAUGAGAACGGGGUCAUCUCCUUCGACUGCAGGAACCGCGGCUGGUACAUCCAGGCAGCCACCUCUCCCAAGGACAUUGUCAUCAUUGUGGAUGUCAGUGGCAGCAUGAAGGGGCUGAGGAUGACCAUUGCCAAGCACACCAUCGUCACCAUCCUGGACACUCUGGGGGAGAACGACUUUGUCAACAUCAUUGCAUACAAUGAUUAUGUUCAUUUUAUUGAGCCCUGUUUUAAGGGUAUCCUGGUCCAGGCAGACAGAGAUAACAGAGAGCACUUCAAGCAGCUGGUGGAGGAGCUGCAGGCAAAAGGAGUGGGGACUGUGAACAAGGCUUUGACAGAGUCCUUCAAAAUCCUGAGAGAGUUCAGAGACGCUGGCCAGGGAGGUCUGUGUAACCAAGCCAUCAUGCUGAUCACCGACGGCGCCGUGGAGGAUUACGAGGCUGUGUUUGAGAAAUACAACUGGCCCGAUCGCAAGGUGCGGGUGUUCACCUACCUCAUUGGACGGGAGGUCACGUUUGCCCCCAACGUGAAAUGGAUCGCCUGCAACAACAAAGGGUACUACACUCAGAUCUCCACGCUGGCAGAUGUGCAGGAAAAUGUCAUGGAGUACCUGCACGUGCUGAGCCGGCCCAUGGUCAUCAACCACGACCACGACAUCAUCUGGACCGAGGCCUACAUGGACAGUGCGCUGUUCGCGUCGCAGGCGCAGAGCCUGCUGCUCAUGACGACGGUGGCCAUGCCGGUGUUCAGCAAGAAGAACGAGACGCGAUCCCAUGGCAUUCUUCUGGGCGUGGUGGGCUCUGAUGUACCACUGAGGGAGUUGUUAAAACUAGCUCCACGGUAUAAGCUGGGUGUCCAUGGCUACGCCUUCCUGAACACCAACAACGGCUACAUCCUCUCACACCCAGACCUCCGUCCCCUGUAUAAAGAAGGAAAGAAACUGAAGCCUAAGCCGAACUACAACAGCGUAGAUCUCUCAGAAGUGGAGUGGGAAGACCAGGAUGAAAUACUGAGAAGUGCUAUGAUCAAUGGGGAAACAGGCUACCUCUCUAUGGAUGUGAAGGUCCCUGUGGACAAAGGGAAACGGGUUCUCUUCCUCACCAAUGAUUAUUUCUUCACGGACAUCAGUGGCACACCCUUCAGUCUGGGGGUUGUGCUGUCCAGGGGGCACGGCGAGUACAUUCUGCUGGGGAACACGUCAGUGGAAGAAGGUUUGCACGACCUGCUCCAGCCAGACCUGUCUUUAGCUAAUGAAUGGAUUUACUGCAUCACCGACAUCGAUCCCGACCACCGCAAGCUCAGCCAGCUGGAGGCUGUGAUCCGUUUCCUCACUGGGGAGGAGCCUGACCUGGAAUGUGAUGAGGAGUUGGUCCAGGAAGUGCUGUUCGAUGCAGUGGUCACUGCCCCCAUGGAGGCCUACUGGACAACACUAGCCCUCAACAUGUCCUUGGACACUGAGGCAGGCAUUGAGAUGGCGUUUCUGGGCACUCGGGCUGGACUCAUGAGGAGUGCCCUGUAUGUGGGCUCCGAGAAGAUUUCCAACAAGAAAUUCCUGACGCAGAAGGACAAGGAGAGCAUCUUCACCAUGGACCACUUCCCUCUGUGGUACCGCAGGGCGGCCGAGCAUCCCCCCGGCAGCUUCAUCUACAGCAUUGUCUCAGAGGAUGAUUCAGAGGGGGGUGGCCUGCCAAAAGUGGUGACAGUGAGCACGGCUGUGUCUGUGUCUGUGGACGGGAAGAUGGGAAUUGCUGCAGCGGUGGGAGUGCAAAUAAAGCUGGAUUUGCUGCAACGCAAGUUUUGGAUGGCCAUGCAACAGCCCAAUGACAGUGAUUGCAGUGGCUUGGACGGUGCCUGCCCACUCAGCUGUCAGGAUGAUAUCCUGAACUGCUUCCUCAUUGACAACAACGGCUUCAUACUUGUUUCUAAAGUACCUGAAGAGACUGGAAAAUUUUUUGGUGCAGUGGAUGGCUCAGUGAUGACCCAGCUGCUAAACAUGGGCAUGUUCAGGCGGGUGACCAUGUAUGAUUACCAGGCCAUGUGCAAGGUGCCCUACCACCACCACAGCGGCGCCCGGCCCCUGCUCAGUCCAAUUUAUGCCUUUGUAGCUGCAGUGAAGUGGCUGAUAAGUGAUUUCCUCAUCUUCCUUUUGGAGUUUAACAUGAGUAGCUUCUGGCACUCAGACAACUUGGCAGAUGCCAAGGCUGUCUUCCAUCACUCGCACAGGCACAAGAAGCACGACACGCUGCAGCCCUGCGACACCGAGUACCCCGUGUUCGUGUACGAGCCGGCCAUCAGGGAGACCAACGGGCUCAUCGACUGCGGGGACUGCCAGAAGAUGUUUGUGGCACAGCAGAUCAUCAGCAGUAACCUCCUGCUCCUCGUCACGGACACGCUCUGCGACUGCAGUGUCUUCCCACCCGUCCCAAUGGAUGCAAAAGAGGUCAAAUACAACGCGUCGGUGAAGUGCGAGCGGAUGCGCUCCCAGAAGCUGCGCCGGCGGCCGGACUCGUGCCACGCCUUCCACCCCGAGGAGAAUGCCCAGGACUGCGGUGGCGCCGCUGGCAUCCCCGCGUGUCGGACACUGCUGCUGCUGCCGCUGGUGCUGCUGCUGCGGUGACGCUGCCAGCGCCGCGCCCUGGGCGGCAGGGACCCGGCGGGACGGGGAGAGCCCGGGCACGACGGGGACCCCUUCUGGGACACCCUCUGCGCCUUCCCGGCUGUCCUUCACCACGAGGCCCAGCACGGUGCCGGCGCUGGGAGCUGCUGCGGCCAAAGGAGACGCGAGGAGCAGCAGGGGCAGGCCCUGGCACGGCAGCUGCUGAGCGGCUGCGAGCAUCGGCACGGACGGCACUGCACAGAGCCUGCCUCCCACCCACCACCGGCUCCAGAGCCGCCUCCGGAGAGCAAAGGGCAGGGGACACCACUCCCUCCCUCUGGGGAGCCACCGGGAUUGGGAACUCCCGGCCUGGAAGCAGCACCGCAAGUCCUGCUCUUGGGGGUGGUCCUGAGGCAGGGGUGGGACACGGCACCAAAGUUGACCUGCAGCAGGCUCAGCUGCAGCGGGGCAGGGGGAGGCAGCACAGCUGGGCUGCAGAGCUGCAGCCACGCCAGCACUGCCAAGGAGACCUCUCCUAACAGGAGCAGCACCCAGGUUCUGCAUGUGGACUUACCUCUGGGAAGGGCUUUGUGUGACCCACCAGAACAGACUUAACCUGCUCUCUUUGCAGAGGCUGCUGAGGAGCAGGCACUUUUCCCUCAGAGCAGCACUUCCCUGCUCAUUGCAGCUGCCCUUGGCUGUUCCCUGCCCUGAGCCUGGCAUUCCCAGCUGCUGGGCACGGGCCAUUUCUCACAGAGCUUUACGGACAACUGGUGGGGAUCACCCAUUUUUCUUUCUUCUUUUCUUUUUUUUGUAUGACUCCAUACCAUCCAUGGUUCCAUACCAUCUCAUUAAAAACAAAAACAUGGCAUACUCUACAUAGGCACCACAGCUUCAGCAUGUCUAGUGGUCAUCACAGCCCAGGAACCCCUGGGGACAGGGUGUGGGUGGAGGGACUGCCAGCACGGCUGUGGUGGCCGCAGGGCAGAACCUUUUCCUGGUCACGUUGGGAGCCUCCUGCUGUGGCUGUCACACCAAGAUGUCACCUCUUCAGGACAAGCAGCCCUGCCCACACGUGCCUGCCAUGGGCAGCUGCUGGCUCCUCUCCAGGGCCACCACAUCACCCAGUGCCACAGCCACCCUGCCGGGCCGGACUCUGCAGCAGCAAAGACAGCAGCCAGGUGGGAAAGGGCCUCAUCUCACACCAGGCACAGCAGGCACCCACAAACGCACUCCAGGCGUGCUAGGGAUGCUGUCCUUCUUGCCACCCAUGUCACCUGACACUAAGGGGACAGGAUCAGUCCCAGCCAGGUCCUGGCAGGGCCUUCCAGGACCUCAGAGCUCCCGCUGUGCAGUUUUGCCUGGCUGGAGGCAGUGUCACAGCAAAGAGGAGAGGAACCACUGCAGCACUGAAGUCAGACUGGAGUGGAGAAGGUUCCAGGCUCCAGAGGCAGUGACCUUAUCAGAGGCAGCAGCAGCCAAGGAGGACAAGGCAGGACGGAGGGAGAAGGGGCGGCUGUCAAGGCCGAGGAGCCAGGAGCUGUCACAGAUGGAGGAGCCGCUGCUCAGGGCACCCCCGGGCUGGCACAGCUCCCCAGCCCCACGUGCCUGCCCGUGGUGCCUGCCCUCCCGGGGCACCACUCUCAAGGGUGACCUCCCUGUCAGAAAGGAUUAGCAGCCCCAUGCCCACUCAGCUCCCACAGGACAGAAAUGCACAUUGCUCUGCUGUGAGCCGUGCUGGGCUGCAGGUGCACUAAUCCACCAUAAACACGGUCCAGCAGAGAUGCCUGCUCUGACAGAGUGAAGACAGGAGUUAUACCUGGCUUAGCUGGCUCAGUGAGUUUGUCCACAGGUGCUAACUGGAGAGAAUGGGACAGGGGUGAGCACUGGAUUAUUUCUUAAACUGAGAAAUAUGAGCAAAGGUUUGCCUGAUUCAAAACCUGAGCACACACCAGGAACAGCUUCCUGGGUUGUCUUUUUUUUCUUUGCAGUAAAGCAAACCUCCCCAAUUCAGGGCUCCAACACGGGGUUAAGCAAAUUCCAUUUCAUGCUCUGACAGAGAUAGUGACUCACGGCCCUUCAGCAAGAGAAAAAUCCCCAGGAAGAGCAGCUGCCUUAGCUUCCAACUUCUUCAGCCAUGUGCUGGGCACAGCAGAUAAAAUAGGUCAGCAAAAGCAAACAGGAGCUGAGGCUGAGGAUCCAGGCAGCAGCAGAGCAGCUGUGAGAGGAGCCAUGCCUCACCUCCAGCUGAGCAGCAUCCUGCUGCCAGCCUGACCCCAGAAACCCCAGCUGUGCCUCCUGCCAGACCCGUGAGCACACAGAGCACAGGCAGCAGCGUUUGUUCUGUCCGGGGAAGGUGCAGUGGGAGAAAAUUCCCGAUGGUGUCUGCAGGCAGGGCUGUCCAUCCGAGCCAC